AUGGACCGCGAGUACAAGGAUAAGUGCAAAGCGCAGGUUCAGAACUUCAAGUUCAGCUAUAACAUUCAGUUUGAAGACGAGGAUGAUGCUCAGCUUUUCCACGCCGCCUCCAGAGCGGACCCAGCAUUCCUUACCUGGACUGACCCUCGCGAGGGGAAAGUCUACCAUCUUCGUGCAGGCUGGGAUCAACCAUUACCGAUUCGUCAACGCUCCUUCGACCUUGGUCAGUGUUGGCAGCUCAUUAUGGAUGAGAUGAAGGUGGAGGGCCUCUGGCAGCAGUCCAUGCGUCUCGGAUCGAACCCAUUCGCUGGUGCGCUCCACCUCUCCAAUUCCACCACGGAGGAUGUUUGGGACCUGGUCAAGAUCAUGGAGAACGAGGGCGAGCUUGGCACCUUCAACAUCACCCCGCAGAAGGACAUGCACAACCUUGGGUUCGAGGCGUCCUUCGUCGACGCGCUGGCUGAGAGGGCCCUCGCCUGUGUCGGUGGCGACUGGAACUGUCCUGAGCUCGACGAGUUUAGGACAGAUACGGACCUGUGUGCAUCUCUGCUUUCUUCCGCGCCCGUGCGCGGGUGCUGGCCCGCCGACGCGCUGGCAUUCGAGAUCUGCUGCAGCGUGCUGGCCCAGCAGGGCCCGCUGCGGCUUGCGCCGCCUGCGCCACGGGCGCCGCGCGCGCUCCCCGCAUCUGCGGUGGCCUCCGCUGCCGCGGCGGCCCCGCCCCGCCGCCCCGCGCGGCUGGCCGCCGCGGGCGCUGCGGGUGCUGCGGGCGCCGCUGGCGCCGCGAGCGCGGCCUGCGCCGCGGGUGCCGCCGCCGCCGCAGCCGCCGCCAAGUGCGUCGCCGCCUCGGCCGUUGGCGCGCUCGUUGCCGCCGCGGCCGCCGCGACGGGCGCGGCCGUAGCGGGAGCAGACGACCAGGCGGCUCCGCCCGCGUGCAGACUGGAGAUGGAAACAGCGUCCGAGCAGGCGCCCACCGUCCGCCUGUCCAGCGGGGAGGCGCUGCCGUUGGUGGGCCUCGGCGUCGGGAACCUGGCGCACGACCUGAUCGAGGAGGCGGUCGUCGCGGCGGUCGACAGGCACGGGGUCCGACUCGUCGACACCGCCGCGGCCUCCAAGAACGAGCACAUCGUAGCCGCUGCCCUGAGGCGGGCGGACAGAGGGAGCGAGGUGACGGUGCUCACCAAGGUGUGGUACACCCACCUGGGAUUCGAGCGCACCCUCUUCUCGGUCAGGGAGUCCCUGGAGCGGCUGGGCCUGGGCGGCGGCGGCGCACGCAGGCCCGCGGUCCUGCUGCACUGGCCGAGGUGCCGCAGCGACGUGUCCUGGAUGAGGUGCGAGGAGGAGGAGGCCGAGCUCCCCGAGGAGGUGCGGCGGCUCGGCCCGGCGCCGCACCUGGACGCCGACGCCUGGCAGGGCAGCUGGCGGGCGCUGGAGAAGCUCUACAGGGAGGGCUUGGUCAGUAGCAUCGGCGUUUCGAAUUUCGACCCGCGGCAGAUGGAGGCGCUCGCGGGCAUGGCGGAGAUCAAGCCGCACAUCCUGCAGGGCAGCCUGUGGCACCUGCUCUUCGACCCCGCGCUGAUGGAGGUGCUCGAGCGGCACGGGGUGGUCUUCCAGGUGUACAGCGUCAUGAGCGGCACUCUCGGGGACGGCAAGCAGGCCUCCGUGGCGUACCAGUCGCUGAGCGCGCUCGGGCAGGAGAGCUCGGGGUCGCGUCGCCGUCCCAGCUGA